CCGGGCAUCGCGAGGAAGGCAUUGGGCCAGUACCUACAGACUGAUUGAUUAAUUGAACAUCUCUCAGUUGCAUCUGUGGAGCCUCACAGAACAAGAUGAUGGCGCCGCUCUCUGGGCCGGGCCAGUGAUGAAACCUUCCUUCAGAAGUGUGUGCUGCAGUAAAAAGGAUUCCAUUUGCGUCCAGAAUAUUUCUUUCUCCAGCACCAAUUUUCUGUCUCCUGUGACCAUGGCAAUAGCAUUGAGAAGAGCUGUGUGGUCCAAUACUAUGUGGAUGCAUGUAGCAACAUUCAGUAGGCAGGCCUCAGUACAGAAUGGAGCAGUGCAUUGUGCUCGCCAUAAAUCUACAUAUUCAGUCCUUCCAGAAGACUAUAACUGUAAAGUGGAACUUGCCAUGACAUCAGAUGGAAGGACAAUUGUCUGCUACCAUCCUUCAGUUGAAAUUCCAUAUGAGCACACAAAGCCCAUACCUCGACCAGAUCCAGUGGAUAACAAAGAAGAAACACAUGAUCAAGUAUUGAAAACUAGAUUGGAAGUGAAGGAGCUAAAGAAUAGCAAAGGUCCUAAAAUUGAGGAGCUCAGCAAAAUGUUUUAUACAACAAAACAUCGUUGGUACCCCGUGGGACAGUAUCACAGAAGACGCAAGAAACUCAAUUCUCCUAAAGACAGAUGAUUACAAUAAUUUGUGUCUCUGCUUUGUGUCAUUAAUCAUACUGGAAAUUAAACCACAAAAACAGGAGUUUUGCUGAUCAA